AUGUCCAAAAUCAGCGGCUAUGCGUUUCUCGCUGUACUAGCAUUUUUGGUGGGACGUUCAGUUCAACAGGUUUGGUUCGAGGGCUACGUCUUCUGCAACCGACCAGGGACUCGCUGCUUUCCACAGACAUUUAAAUGCCCAGAUGAAUGCCCAGAGAGCCCAUAUGAACCAUUUCAAAGGUCUAGAAAAGGUUGCUAUGUGGACUGUGAUUCGCCCACUUGCGAUUCCCAAUGCAGAAAUCGCAAGCCAAACUGCAUCGGACUUGGCUCCGCAUGCUACGAUCCUCGUUUCAUUGGCGGAGAUGGGAUUGUAUUCUACUUCCACGGCAAGACCAACCAAACUUUCAGUUUAGUUUCAGACCCUGCCCUCCAAAUCAAUGCUCGCUUCAUUGGCCAUAGACCAGCCGGUCAAGCCCGAGAUAACACAUGGAUUCAAGCACUCGGAAUCCUCUUCAACUCCCAGUCCUUCUCCUUGGAAUCAACAAGAGCUGAGACUUGGGAUGAUCAGUUUGACCAUUUGAUUUUCUCUUACAAUGGAAAUGUAAUAGAAAUGCCACAAAACUCUAUGUCCAGAUGGUGCUCUGAGGCAAAAGACAUAAAGGUUGAGAGAGUAUCAAGCAAGAACAGUGUAUCAGUGACCUUAAAAGACGCGUGUGAGAUUAUGGUGAACGUGGUUCCUAUUACAAAAGAAGAUGAUAGGAUUCACAGAUAUAUGUUGCCUUCUGAUGAUUGCUUUGCUCACUUGGAAGUGCAGUUUAGGUUUUUUGGCCUGUCGCCAAAGGUGGAAGGUGUGCUUGGACGGACUUAUCAGCCCGAUUUUGUGAACCCAGCAAAGCCCGGUGUGGCUAUGCCAGUUGUGGGAGGCGAAGAUAAGUAUAGGACUACUUCACUUCUCUCUGCAGAUUGCAAGCUUUGCAUUUUCGUUCCUGGAAGUGAUCACGAGGACCGAGAGAAGUCAUUGGCAAUUAAAUAGAAUGUCACAUGGGACUGCACCAGAGGUGUCUCCACCAGCUCUGGCCAUGGCAUAGUUUGCAAAAAACGAAUGUCCUCAUCAUAUAUUACCGUCAGUUGUUAUCUUUACAAAAAAUGUCAGAUGCUUCUGCUUUGCCCCUAAUUAUCCAACUAAGGGAAGGAAUAAAAAGCCUAGUACCGAAAAGUCGCAUCUCUAAUUCACAUUGUUUUGCCUUACUUCUUUGCGUCUCUUGUACACAUGAUGUUGUACUUUUUCUGUGACAGUCUUACAAUGAUCCUCAAACUAUU